UGUUUACACAAACAGUGCAUUGGAUUUGCCGUCAAAUCACCAACGAGUGGACACCUAUUGUCUCAUUCACUGGCAAACCAUUCAUUGUUACCACAGAUGACCACUCGAUCACGAGUAACCAUACAUUCACUGACCACUCCAUCACACCUAUCGUCCGAUUGAUGGCAAACAUAUUGAUGUGAGUCUUGUAUUGAGCGCCAACUCAUCACUCAAUUGAUUGCAUCAGACAAUGGAUACCAUGGAUGACGAUUCGGUACGUCUGGUGGUGUUGGGCGAGGCGUCGAUGCUGUCGACGGCUAUACUGCGGGCCAACCAGAGGGGCACCGCUUCGUUGAGCCGAUCGCACAACACAUCCCACACACGACUGUCCACUCUUGUGGCCGAAUAUGAGGAGGAGGACGACGCGGAGGAGGCGAUCGCCGACCCACUACUCAAGAGUCUGAUCCGACUGAAGGCCAAACUCCGCAAAGACAAACUGGUGGUCACGGAUCCGAACUUCUUGAGGCCGUUCUGCGAAGUGAUCAAAAACAAGGACGUGAGCGGACCCGUCACUGGACUCGCGCUCCAAUCGAUACUCAAAUUCAUAAACUAUGGGCUCAUUGGCAGCGAACCCGCCGUUCAGAUGAUCAGCGACUCUGUCACCAAAGCCCGCUUCAUAGGCACCGACACCACCAGCGAUGAAGUGGUACUCAUGAGGAUAUUGAAUGUGUUGAAGGAGUUGAUUGUCAGACGCUUCGAGAGCCUAACCAAUGGUGCCGUCUGUGAGAUAAUGCAGAGCUGUUUCCGCAUCGCCUUUGAGCCCAGACUUAGCGAACUGUUGAGGAAGAGUGCGGAACAGUCUUUGGUAGAUAUGGUUCACGUGCUCUUCAGACGGAUCCCGGAAUUCAAUCACGAAUUUGUCGACGAAUUGUGUUUUCUGAAGAUGGGAUCUACUCGUAACAAGAGAUCCAAACAUAACAUCAAUAGUAAUGCGAAUAAGGAUUUCGUGAACAAACAGAGCAUUAGAUUCAAUAGAGAGGACAUCAAUGACAAACGACACCACUAUUACGGGUUGGCCUGUAUUCACGAGUUGUUGUCGUAUUUGACGUCUUUAGUGAAUCCCUUACCCGAGGGUCAGAACACCGAAGCCAUGAUUAACGUCGGACUCACUCUCUUGACCGUCAGUUUCGAGACGUCUGUCCACGGAAUCGGAAGUAAACACUGUUUGCUGUCCACCGUUAAGACAGACCUCUGUUGGAAUCUAAUGCAGCUGUUGCAAAGCGAUCGGCCGUUGAGUUCGUUCGCCGCAUCCCUGCGCUUAGCGUUUCUCAUAUUCACGAAUCUGCGAAUGCAUCUCAAGUACCAGUUCGAGGCACUCCUCACCCGACUCAUGGACAUCAUCACCACUGGAAACGCUCCGUUCGAGUUCAAGGAGAUCUCAGCCGAGUAUUUGGUGGCCUUUUUCCGGCACUUAACGCAUUUGCCGCACGAAAUAUAUUACAAUUACGAUUGCGAUCCCUUCGCCACCAAUCUCUUGGAGGACUUGUUGCAGAUCUUCUCGAAGAACUGCUUCCAGACGGUCGUCAAUACGACACAGACGUCGAUGACAAAUGUGAUGCCCUUUCAGUUCUCAUCGAUGCAGAUGUUGUCGUUGGACGCGCUGUUGGCGAUCCUCAAGAGCUUACAAAAGGCUGAGUUGUGUCGGGAGGACGUGAUGGUGGUCUGUCCGGCCGUUACGUACGUGAAUGUCGUCCACAAUAAGAACAGCAAUGAAAUUGAAAUGAAGGACACGACUAAAGCGGACGACGACAGCGCCAUAUCUGUUAAGACCCCCGAAGAGGGUUUGCCUAAUAUUGUGGCCGAAGAACCGCAAAUGGCUGCCACAGAAGUGGUGGCAGACUUGCCGCCAGACUCACCACAAGACAUUGAUGUCGGUUCCAUAAGAAUUGGAUCGAUGGACAGAUUGGACGAAGUGUCGACUCCAGUGUCGGAAACUAACGAGACUUUUGAGACGAUAACCGCCAACGAGUUGAAGGAGGUGUCGGUCGCUGCGGUCGACACCAACAGCACCGACGUGUUGAACAGCGAGUCGUCGACAUCGCGGCCGAAGACAUUGGUUUCAUACAAAUACCCGAAGUUAGAGAAAGUGGCGACGAAUACACUGGAGAUAAUCGACCAAAAGAACCGCAAAGUGAUGUUCUCGACGGCCACCGAACACUUCAAUACCAAACCGACGAAAGGCGUGCAGUACCUGAUGGACAACCGGCUGAUCGCUCAGGACAUGGAUAUCGUGUCGUUUCUGAGAGACAACCCGAAGCUCGACAAGAAACAGAUCGGCGAAUACUUGUCGACCAAAAAGCAUUUCAAUAUUUUGCAGACAUUUGUCGAGAGUUUUGCGUUCAAAGACACGCGACUGGACGACGCCCUGCGGCUGUUCCUCGAGUCCUUCCGAUUGCCGGGUGAGGCACCCCUCAUAUCCAUGAUUUUGGAGCACUUUGCCCAUCAUUGGCACGAGUCGAACGGCUGUCCAUUUGUGAACGAAGACGCGGCGUUCAGUCUGGCGUACGCUAUAAUUAUGCUGAAUGUGGAUCAGCACAACACGAACGUCAAGAGACAGACCAAUCCCAUGACGUACGACGAGUUCAGAUCCAAUCUGAGACAAGUGAAUGGCGGCAAAGACUUUGAUCCCGAAAUGCUUAAAGAGAUCUAUUUCGCCAUUAAGACCAAUGAGAUCAUAAUGCCGGCCGAACAGCAGGGACUGGUCAGGGAUCGGUACCUCUGGAAGUGUUUGCUCAGGAAUAGCGAGACAGAGAACGGCGUCUAUUGGUAUAUGAGGUGUCCGUCCACUGCGGGCGUUGAGUGCAAUAAAUCUGGUGAUAGUUCUGGUGAACAGCAAAACAAUAGUCAAAACUUGAGUUUAAUGCUGUCGACACUGAAUGGGCCCAUAUUUUCGGUGCUGUGGGGCCCCACUGUGGCCGCCAUGACCUUCGUGUUCGACAAACUCAAUCCCGACCAACAGUCCGGACUCACGCGACGCCUACUCAACAACGGGUUCAACAGCUGUGCCCUCCUGUGCGCCACUUAUGGACAUCUCGACAAUCUUGUGGUGAGUCUAUCGAAGUUCAUAAUGAGUUCGUCGUAUAUGCCAUCGCCCGGCGCGCCCAACAAAAGCCAAAUGAGUGGUCAGUGGGCACCGGGCGGGUCCUCUAUGUCUACCAAAAGCCAAUUGGCUGCUCAGUGUCUGUUUGGCAUAACCCGCGAGUACGCCAACGAAAUGCGCGAAUCGUGGAGUAAUAUCAUUGAACUGAUCCUCAACUGGUAUAACGCGAAGCUCUUGAACGACGCCUUCGAGAUCGAAGACUUCGCGCUCGACUCGAAACGGAUCCGCUUUCGACGGCGAGACAGUCAGAAACAAAAGCCCGAAUCGGACUCUUCGUCGACAUUCCUCUCGAGUUUUUACUCGUAUUUCGCCGGAAAUCCCGGAACCCAACAGCAAAACGAGUCGACCGGUGAGUCGAUGGUUGACUCGAAGGGACAACUGGUGGCCAAAGAGACGACUCAAACGGGCGGACAAGCAUUUAGCGGCCAAACCACUGGCCAACCCGUUAAUAAUUAUUGUCAGCCAUUGCUUCUCAUUAUAGAAGAGUCAAAGUUUCUUCACAUCGACUCUCUCUUAGCGCUCAUUAAAGCCUUAAUCAACACUCAGUUGAGUAGCGAUGAGUUGGACGACGACAUCGAAGUCUUUAAGUUAGAGAUACUCUUGAAAAUCAUUUUAAUGAACAGGGAUAGAGUGUCUGUCUUUUGGGUACAGAUAUCGCGAUAUAUUCUACGGCUAAUGGUUUUGUGUCCCAAAAGUGAAUACCUGUCCGAACGGGUUGUGUCCACAAUCUUCCGACUGGCCAUUCGGUUCACUCCCAGACCGGACUCAUUGAGUGAACAGAUAUUCCUAUUAUUGUGUCAUUUGUUACUGACGUUUGAGCCAAAUAUGAUUCAACGCAAGUCAACGGCACAGGCGUUGCACUCAUUUGUAUCGCAAUGUAAUUGUUAUAUCACUCGCAGUCAGGACUGGGCUAUAGUUUUCAAUUUCCUGCUGUCUGUGGGCAUCGGAUAUCAAAGGCGUUCACCGAAUGUCACCCAAAACGAGCCGAAUGUCAACAGUAUUCAAAGCGACGGCGAAGACAGUGUCAGUGAUAACCCGAAUGCAGUCGCAGGCCGUGGCUAUACCUCGGACUCCGAGCUCGAUGUCAUGAAAACUAUUGAACCCAAUCUGAACAAUACGUUCCGAUUCUUCGCCGACACCCAGAAUCAGACGAACUCUGCGUCCAAUUAUCGGAUCUUCGAUUUGGAGGCCUUCGAGAAGAGUACAGAGAUUUUAACGCUAAUCAUAAGAGAGGUUUUGCCCAAUAAUGUCAAGAACUUCCAGUCGAUGGCCGGCCCCGACGACAGCAACGUCUACACAGUGGCGCAGUUGGCUGUGGACGCGCUCCAGAAGUUCGUCGAGGCGUCCAUUAAGAUCCAGUUGAGUCCGCCCGGAAGGACGGGUCAGUUGCGCCGAUCAUUCUCGUCGGUCACCGAGACCUGUGCCCUAAGACUACUAGAUUUGAUGCAUUACUUCCAUCUGAACGCUGCGCUCACCGUCGAGAACAACGCCUCCGAGUUCUUGUGGUCUGCGCUCUGGUGUCCAUUACUUCAAGGAAUCGCGCUUUUCUGUUGCGACUCUCGUCGACCGGUGCGCACCUGUGCCCUCACGUUCCUCCAAAGGGCACUCCUAUUACACGACCUCAAAGUGCUGUCGGCCUCGCAGUGGGAGAACUGUUUCAAUAAAGUACUGUUCCCACUGCUGUCCAAACUACUGGAGCCGAUCAAUAUGUGUGACCCCAUAGGUAUGGACGAGACACGUAUGCGGACAACGAAUCUGCUCUGCAAAGUGUUUUUACAGCACUUGACGCCACUCUUAACGCUCUCCACAUUCACCGCCCUUUGGCUGACAAUCCUUGACUUUAUGGACAAAUACAUGAGGGCCGACAUGCAGACCGACCUCGUCAAAGAAGCGAUUCCGGAGUCACUGAAGAAUAUUCUGUUGGUUAUGGAGACGGCCGGCUGUUUCAACGACACACUGGCGGCCAUCACGUGGGACCGGAUCGCCGUCUUUCUGCCGCAUUUACAUCAGGAUCUCAUUCCCCCGCAAAUGAAUGCCACGCCUGCAGACGAUAACAGCCAACAGCCGGUCGAUGACAGCCACCGAUCCUAUGAAUCGCAGCCUCAAUACGAGACACCAAUACAACCACCGGUUCCGCCACCGACUCAUUGCGACGCAACCAUUGCUAACAAUGCUAUCAAUUCAUCGCCAGUUCCUGAAGUGGGUCAGCCCGUGGAAGGAACUCUACCAUUGGUGCCGACGCCCACUGUUUUAGGGAACUCUACGUUCAUUGAUAUGGAAGAGUGCCCUAAAAUGCCGUUCCAAGCGGUGGCGCCACAGCUGCCACCCGCGCAGUACCACCCGAUGCCCACAUACCCGGGCACUAUCGAGCCGUUCGUCCCCCAAAUGGCCGGUCGUGGCACUCAUGGGCCGAAUGCGCCUCAAAGAGAGCCCAUUCACUAUCCGGUGCCGAACGCCCAACAGUUGUCGGCCUAUCCCUGGCCGGCGCCCAGCGAUCAGAAAAACUAUUGAUUCAUAUAUUUGUGUUAUUCAUGAAUUGAAAUGUUGUUUGAGAUCUCUAUUGCAAAACAAAUGUUAUAUUUUUAAAAACUAUUUAUAUAUUUGCGAAGAUUUUUAAGACAAAUAAAAAAGCGAUUUAUUAAUUAUUUAU